AUGUCGCCGUCUCUGGCUCUUAGAGUGGUUUGGUUUAUAUUGACCCUCACAGCCAUUCCGGCUUCAUGGCUGGUCCUAAUUCCCUUCUCGAUGGCUACUGGCGUCUGGUGGGCACAAACACUUUACGGGCUAGUUGUAACGUUCAUGGAAGGAAUCUUUGCGCUCGGCAUUAUCUGGCUCAUGAAACCGAUGAAUAUGCCUCGCGCGUUCUGCCUUGCUCAGGCCAUUAUCCCAGCAAUUGGGUCUUACUUGCUUAGCGGCAUCUGCGCUUGCCUCACAUACGGCACCUAUGCCAUUGUUGCGAACCCCACGAAAGUGUCCCCGAAUGACCGACGGCCCGGUAGCCCGCUUGCAUGGAGACCUAUAUACAUUAUCUUUGUUGGCAUCUGGCCGCUACUGGCUACUAUCACCUUCCUGGUUGUAUCUCUCAAGUACGACGCCUUUCAACCCACGGAGGAUCUUCACUGUGAUGUUACACGCCCACUAUGGCCUAGAGUCUUCAGCUACGCGGGCGCGCCCCUUGUCGUAGCCGUCCCUUGCCUUGGGCUCUCAGUCAUCACAGCACGACGAAUCGUCGCUGUGUCCGCUCAAGCGCGCAAGCUUCGCUCACAACAGCAAGACCAAGAGCCUCAUCUAUCGCCCAGACCUCUUACUGCGAAAGAGCGAAGAAACUCCGCGCAGCCUUCUCGCGCUUCUCAGCGUGGGCGCCCGCCAAGCUUGAAACUUCACCCGCCCAAUACUCAUGAGAGGCGGGCCACUGCCGGCACCGGACUGCGGGGUCUUGCUGCUCUGGCGAUACCCCGCUCGGCUACAAGCUCUGUCUUCCCUCCCUCUCCGGGGACAAUCAACACGGUUGCCUCGACCGACGCGACACACGUAACACCUGAGAUUUCUAUGCCGCCACCACCGCCCUUCAUGCAUCGGCGCACGUCUUCAUCCCCCACGCCAUCUUCACGGAGCAUUCCGUCACGCACGUCCUCAGCUUCGCCCAUAACAUUCGCACCAACGAAGCAAACACUUCAACGGCCGUCUACCGCACCCGAACCGACCUCACCCCCGUAUACCCCUUCGUUUGACCCUGGCUCAUUUGAGUGGAUGUACGGCUUUGGUCCUCGAGCUGUCUCUUCGCCGAUAUCGCCCACUUCACCAUCACGCGAACGUGUAUCCUUCGACGUGGGUAGUGCUGCCAUGCGCGGUUUUCAUCUUCCUCGUCGGACAAGCAUCGCUAGCGUCGACAACUCACGUCGUCCAAGUGUGACAACGCUCGCACCAUCCAGCGACCAUACGGUCGAGCCCAUGCCCGAUCCCUACGUGUAUCCACCCGUUGGAUCCAGCAUUGCACAACGAUGGUAUCCGGAUAAGGUUGAGGGCAGACUGGAGGAAGAGGAAGAAGAGGACGAUGCUACGUCGACGGUUGAAAUUGAAACCGUGCCCUAUCAUGGCUCUGGACGACAUGCAUACUCGGUUAUGGGCAUGAAUGACAGCAAGGUGGAUUUUACAAUCCGAGAAGAGCCCCGUGUGAUAGAAGCGGCACGCUCGCCAUCCACAUUUGCUCGAUUCUCACUGCGACAAAAACGAAGCGAUUCAUCCCUUGCUGUCUCUGGACUUGUGAGUGGCGCAUUAUGGCAUAUAGUCGCCCUGCAGUUUGUCUUCAUCUGCAUCAUCAUCUUGGCCGGCUUGACGACUUGGGUCGAUCUUGCGCACCACCCUGAUGCUCCUACAUCCUUCGGCACUCAGCAUGUCGCCCUUGUACUGGCUGGCUGGGGACCGUUUUUCGUAUUUGGACAUAUACCCGUCGUUCGGAAUGAAAUGCUCAGGCUCAUGCGCCUACGAUGA